UGUUCUGGCAUCAAAUCAGGCUGACGGCAAGAGUGUUUGGUUUGCAUAUUUGAUGGAUGAUGAUCCCACACACAAUCCACAUCACAUCACAUCACCAUCACAUACAUGAAAUGAUCAUACCUUCAUCCUCGUCACUCUUCACUCUUCCCACUUUCGAUUCCGGAAAUACCUAACAAAACAAACAGUCCCAGAAACAAUCAUUAAACUCCCAACCUCUGUGUUGUUCCACUCACCACUCACCAUCACCCUCCACUCUCAUACCCCAAUUUCAAAUUAAAGUUUCCUCCUUUUCUUCCUUUCGCUGCUGCAAUCUUCGCUCUUUGAAUCUCACUUGAACAAAGAGAGUCUCGGAUAUGUAAAGAGAUGCUCACAACUUCCGCUUUUCAAGUUUGCCAUUUUUAUUCAAAUUCUCAAGCAGAAAGAAAAGCAUUUUAAAUUUGUGGGGAGGGCUGUCAUGCUGAAUGUUGUUGCCUACCAUUGGAGUAGAGAUGAAUUCUGCAAUGGAUGAUAUGAAUUUGAUUCAGCAAACCCAGAGACACCACCACUUGGUUGUGAGAGAAAUUGGUGAGGAGAUUGAUUUAGAAAUUGGACCUGGGGAGGAUGACCCUUCAUUUGGUAACACUACUCUAAUUGGUGCACCAAUGCGGGAAUCUUCCGCAGAAGAACAUGGUGAGAGCAAGCAGAUGGGGAUGGUUUCUCAGCUUCCUAAUGAUGCUCAAGAUAUGUCCAAGACCCAACAAGUAAAAAGGAAGAAAAAGGUUGUUAAAAGAUGGAGAGAAGAAUGGGCAGAUACCUAUAAAUGGGCUUUCGUUGAUAUGAAAGAUGGAACACCAAGGAUUUUCUGCUCUGUUUGCAGGGAGUAUGGCCGGAAGCAUAGAAGAAAUCCUUAUGGUAAUGAGGGCAGUCGUAAUAUGCAGAUGAGUGCCCUGGAAGAACACAAUAACAGUUUGCUUCACAAAGAGGCUCUUCGUCUUCAAAUGGCCUCCAAAGAUAAAAUUGUGGUUGACAAGCCUGUUUAUGUAAAAGUUGCCAUGUCAAAAACAGCGGGAUCAAUUCUUGAAGCUACACUGAAAAGGGAUCCUCAUGAGGUUGAAUUCAUUCAGGCAGUCCAGGAGGCAGUUCAAGCCCUUGAAAGAGUCAUAGCAAAAAAUUCUCGUUAUGUUAACAUCAUGGAGCGCCUGUUGGAACCUGAACGAAUGAUUGUUUUUCGUGUUUCAUGGGUGGAUGAUAGGGGUGAGACACAUGUUAAUCGGGGAUUUAGGGUACAAUUUAACCAGUCAAUGGGUCCAUGUAGGGGUGGUAUUCGUUUUCAUCCAUCAAUGAAUUUAAGUGUUGCCAAGUUCCUUGGUUUUGAACAGACUUUAAAAAAUGCUUUAUCACCGUACAAAUUAGGAGGAGCAGCUGGUGGAAGUGAUUUUGAUCCAAAAGGAAAAAGUGAUAAUGAAAUUAUGCAUUUUUGCCAAAGUUUCAUGAGUGAGAUGUAUCGUUACCUAGGGCCUGACAAGGACCUUCCAUCAGAGGAAAUGGGUGUUGGUACCCGAGAAAUGGGGUAUCUUUUUGGACAGUAUAGACGUCUAGCUGGUCAUUUUCAGGGAAGUUUUACAGGGCCAAGGAUAUUUUGGUCUGGAUCCAGUCUUCGUCCCGAAGCUACUGGCUAUGGGCUGGUUUUCUUUGCCCAGAUCAUGCUUGCCGACAUGAAUAAAGAACUUAAAGGAUUAAGGUGUGUUGUGAGUGGUUCUGGAAAGAUUGCAAUGCAUGUUUUAGAGAAGCUAAUUGCUUAUGGUGCUCUUCCAAUUUCAGUAUCAGAUUCUAGAGGAUAUUUGGUUGAUGAGGACGGAUUUGACUUCAUGAAAAUAUCAUUUUUGAGGGACAUUAAAGCUCAACAAAGAAGUUUGCGAGACUAUUCAAAGACCUAUGCUCGGUCCAAAUAUUAUGAUGAAGCAAAACCGUGGAAUGAAAGGUGUGAUCUUGCAUUUGCUUGUGCUUCACAGAAUGAAAUUGAUCAAUCAGAUGCCAUUAAUUUGGUUAAUUCAGGUUGUCGUAUACUAGUAGAAGGUUCAAACAUGCCUUGUACCCCUGAGGCAGUUCAGAUUCUGAGGAAAGCUAGUGUUCUCAUUGCUCCUGCAAUGGCUGCUGGUGCUGGAGGGGUCGUGGCUGGAGAACUUGAACUGAAUCAUGAAUGCAGUUUGAUGAACUGGUCACCAGAGGACUUUGAAUCUAAAUUGCAGGAAGCAAUGAGACAAACUUAUCAGAGAGCUAUCAAAGCUGCAACCGACUUUGGUUAUCAAAAAGAAAGCCCUGAGGCUCUGGUACAUGGAGCGGUCAUAUCUGCCUUUCUAACUAUUGCUCAGGCCAUGACUGAUCAAGGCUCUGUAUAGAAAAGUUCACGCUGCAAAGUUUUGAAUGCAAUUAAAUGCUGAUUUACGUAGCAGUAUGGUUCGAAUCUGCAUUCACUGAAUAGUCCAAAUCAUUGCUGAUGCUACACUGUCUAAUUGUCAAUGAUAGUAUGAUACACGAUUGCCAAAGCACAUUGCCUUGUAAAAUAUGUAAUAUAAGAAAAUUUAGACUUAGAAAAGAAAAAUAUCUAGAGGACAAAUUUUAGUUCACAACAGAAUAGGUAUCUUUAUUAUUGCCAAGAAAAAGGAGAAAUUGUCCUUGGCUUAUUAAACCCUGCUUGAUGCUUGUUCCAAACUUGAGAAAUAUUUGGAUAUUGAUAUUUGAAAUAAAAGCUUAGCAUUGAAAUUGAAUA